GGAAGAGUAAAUAAAAUGGCAGCAACUCAAGAGAAAAAGGAUGUAACUCCUCAGUCUCCAAUGGAAGGUGAAGAAGUUAACUCAGAGAUCUGAGGCUAUAAAGUACUCAAGCCUAUUGGCCAAGGAAAAUUCUCAAUCGUAUUUAAAGCUGAGAAGCUUGAAACUGGAGCAAAGGUUGCUCUUAAAUGAAUUAAAAUAUUCGAUAUGACUGAUGUAAAACAGAGGAAAAAGUGAUUAAAAGAAGUCAAAUUACUACAAUCUUUGGAUCAUCCGAAUAUUAUUCAAUAUCUAGACUCCUUUAUCGAGAACAAUGAACUGUACAUUGUCGUAGAAUGGGCUGAGAAAGGAGACCUCAAGUAUAUAGUCAAGAGAGCCUUAAAGGAAGAUUCGCACCUUGAUGAGAAUCGAAUCUGGGAAUAUAUUUCACAAAUGGCAGAAGCACUUGCACAUAUGCAUUCGAAGAGAAUCAUGCAUCGAGAUUUAAAGCCAGCAAAUAUUUUUAUUGAUGCAGAAGGAAAAUUAAAACUGGGAGAUUUGGGACUUGGAAGAGAAAUGAGCUCACAAACUUUUGAGGCCUAUUCAAGAGUUGGUACACCAUUGUAUAUGAGUCCUGAAGUAUUAGAAGGCAGUGGAUAUGACACUAAAAGUGAUGUCUGGAGUUUAGGAUGAAUAGCAUACGAAUUAUGAGCAUUGAAAUCUCCUUUUAGAAAGGAAGGAGUAAAGAUGUCUCUUGUAGAUCUUUUUCAAAGCAUUAAAGCAGGGGUGUACUCCCCAAUUCCGGACAGAUAUUCAUCAAACUUGAAAUUAUUAAUCGACUCUAUGAUUAAAAUAAAUCCUGCGGAGAGGCUUGAUAUUGACCAGAUUUGAAAGAUAUGUGAAACUCAUAGAACUACUGAGAGUACUAAGCCGAAAAUCCAGUCAUAUUUAAUAAUGGAUGACAUUAUUGACAAGUUAAAGCUGCUUGAUUAUGAGAAUCAGUUUCCUCUAAAGCCCAUAUCUCGCAUUUUCUUUUCACAUUACGAAGAAGAAAGAGGGUUUGAUAAAUGCGAAUACUUAUAUGAGCUCUGAUAUUGGCUGAUGUCAUGUUCUAGUGAGAAAAAGAUAGGCAAGUACAUCUCAUUUAAGUCUAAUAAGACAAAACAGGAAGCUGUGAAGAGACUUGUCUCGGACUGAAAGAAGUUUGGCAUAAAAUCAUCUAGAUAUUUUGACACGGCCCAACUUCUUCAGGGUUAUGGAGAAGCUGUCUGAUAUCUUAUCAAUGAUUUACUCAAUAGAGAACUUAUCAGAAGGGAUUAUAAAUUUAACCAGCCUAUUAUUAGUAAUGAAGAUGAUGGUCACUUCUCGGAUAUUGAAGAGGAGAAAGAGCAGGAUAAUGUCAUCCAACUCGAUUACGGAAUGGAGAAUGGGCAUGCCUCCAAACAUAAUAAUAAGAUCGUCAAGAAAAAUAGUGAAUACUCUGUAGAAAAUGGAAUGAUUACCCAGACCAACUUUGGGUUAAAUUAUAACAAGACCUCAUUUGGUGUUGAAAACCACAUAGAAGAACCAUAUGCUCUUGAUGAAUUCAAUGAGAGCAUGAUUGAAUGAGAAAUUGAUCCAAAUGAAUGGCGGAAAGAAGUCAAUAGAGUAGAGAAAGACCUCCUGAAAUUUUAUUCCAAAGCUGACACUGAGGAAACAGAUCCUCUUAAUGAUUGUCUUAAGCAAGCUCAGAAAACAAAAUGUAUAAUUACUCCUGAGUUCCGGUAUUCUCUUGAUACAGUAAUUGAUGAAAUGACCAAAGAUUUGGAUCGAAUUACUAAUGAGGAAAAGAGACUUAAUAAAAGCAACUUUGGAGAUGUCAAAAAGCUAUCUGAGCUUGGAAACAUUAAUCACUCAAACUUUGAUGAAUUAUGAGCAUUAAGGGAUGCCAUGAAGAACAAAAUAGCAUAUUUCGAUGAGCUUACCUCAAAAUGGGAAGCAGCUAAUGAGAAAUACGAAGAAGCGUCUAAAAAGUUAACUAACAGAGAUCAAAUUACAAAAGCAGAAAAAGCUCUGAGAGAUAUUAAGCUCCAAGUCCAUAAGCUAGACCAAAGAAUUGGAAUAAUAAAAUCUAUUAUUCCAUCUAAAGAAAAGAAGGACGGAAAUAAGGAUAAAUCCUCUCAUUAUUUAUAUGAAGAUCUUUCAGAGAUGAGUCUUGAAAAAUCAACUUAA